ACUCAUAUCUCUGAUUCGUAUUUAUAAUGCUAUAAGUUAGUUGUCGUCUGCUAAUGUUUUGGUUUCACCUUGAAAAUUGAUUUUAACAGUGCUUUAGCCAUGAUUUUCGUAUUGUGGAAGAAGGUAUGUUUUCCCUAUCAAAAGAGAUACCAACUGUAUGUUCAACGGUAAUGGAUUCUACGUGUAAGCUAGCUUGGUAGCUAGCUCUUAUAUGUAGGAGUAAUUAGCGUAUCGUAUUUGUUUGUCUGUUUCACAUCAACAAUUUAAAUGUCUGAGCAGAGUUAAGAAACAUCGUAAUUUCCUAAAGACUGUCAGUGGUAAUGUUUUCGUUAUUACAAAGAUUGUAGAAUGGAGGAGUACGAUGAUGGAGAGGAAGAGGUGCGAAAAUCUUCCGAAACCAACAAAACGAAAAAGAAAUCGUUGUGUCGUGUGUUGAUGCAGAAGAAAACGAAAGUUGGCUGUUUGUCAACAAAUUCGGAAGAAUUUUUCCACAAGAAAUCUAUGUGUGAAGAAGGAAAACUUGAGGAAAGGAAAGGUAGUCCAGUGAAAGUUAUUACGCCGAGGGACUCGGGUGACUCAUUGGAAAACUUCCAGACGAAGGCGAAAUUACAAAAGAAUUAUCAGUGUUCUGAAUCAUCGAGUGAUUUAAAUAAUAGCACAAAAGUGGCACUGUGUUGUGCAAUGACAGAGCGUUCCAGAUCAUCAAGCAGCAACCAGCGGUCUGAUUAUCAGUGUGUUGCCGAAGAUAAAUCGAGUAUAAAAACCGUCGCUCAUUUGGGGACAUCGGCUGAAGAAAAUACUACCAAAAAAGCCUUGAGCGACAAGAAGUCGGCGUCGUUGGAGGAAACCUUUAGUAUAAAUUCCGACAGUGCGAGUAAUAGAAAGCAAAAUGAAUCAAGUUCUGGAGAUAGAGAAGAAACGUCAUCUGUGCAUCACGAGUUGUCCCUAUCACCAUCGGCAAGCGAAAUUUCUUCUUGUGAAUCUUGCUCACCUAAAAAUUCUGUUUCACAAGCCCACCUGAGAAGGCAACUACUCUCUCAGAGGAGAUCGGCAGAUAACCUUGUAUCUUGUGCGGCACAACAUUCCUCUCCUGUUUCGAACAGGAGUGCACCAGAACAGCGUCGUUUUAAAAAGAGAUCAUCGUCACAUGACGCUGCAGCAGUUCAGGAUGAUGACAAAAAAGAGAAGGCAGUUCUUACGGUAAAUAAUGGGAAUUCUGUGUCUGGAAAUUCAUCUUCCACAAGAGGACAGAAAUUUGUGGCUUCAAUGGAUAGUUUGGCCAGGAAUUCCUUACUUGCAGCACAAGUUCUGCAUUUAAUACCAACAAUCAAAGCUAGGGAAAGGAACUUUUUACAUGGCCGUAUUGCCGCCAAUUCACUUCUUGGAUCAGUGGAACUGGAACGCACACUGCCCCACCGUGAACUGCGGAUCUUUGUGGGAACAUGGAAUAUGAAUGGACAGCCUCCUCCACAUGAACUUAAUGACUUCAUGCUCCCAGCAACUUUAGAACACGUCCCAGAUGUUGUUGCAAUUGGCACUCAAGAGAGUUAUUCGGAGAGGUUUGAGUGGGAAGUGAGUUUACAGGAAACACUUGGACCUUCACAUCUCCUGCUCCAUUCAGCAGCGCUAGGGACACUGCAUCUUGCUGUGUUUAUACGGCGUGAUCUCUUAUGGUUUUGUUCUGUUGCUGAGGAGGCAAGCUACAGUGUUCGACCUGGAACAGCAUUCAGAACAAAGGGUGCUGUAGCAGUGGCUUUUAUGUUGUUUGGCACAUCAUAUUUGUUCAUUACUUCACACCUUACAGCACAUAUGGAGAAGGUCAAGGAAAGAAUUCAGGAUAUCAAGAAAAUUGUGCGUUCAUUAGAUCUUCCAAAAAUUCUGCCAAUUCGUCACAAGAGUAAAGAUGUAACACAGAAUUUUGAUUAUGUGUUCUGGUCUGGGGAUUUGAACUUCAGACUUUCUCAGCCCCGUGAUGAAGUCUUGCAGUGGGUAUCAGAGCAAGAAUUCCCCUUGCCCUUACCACAUAGUUUACACAGUGAUCAGUUGAAAGCCAUUAUUGCAGAAGGAAGUGUCUUCCGAGAUUUUGAAGAAGGUCCUAUAACAUUCCCACCAACGUAUAAGUAUGAUCCGGGAACGCAGAUGUUUGACAGUUCGCACAAACAGCGCACACCAGCAUACACAGAUCGCAUCUUAUACAAAUGUCGAAGUGGUCGUGGCGUUCUGCAGUGCUUGCUGUAUUCAUCAGCUCCAUCCAUCUGCACAUCAGAUCACAAGCCAGUGUGGGGCCUCUACAGCAGUGCUGUGCGACCUGGGAUUGACACUAUUCCUUUGGCAGCAGGCCUCUUCAAUCGUGAUGUGUACCUUGAAGGCAUCAAGCGACGUGCUGCUGCAUUGGAUAGAAGCCAAGGAACCUCGGCUAUUUGUAGUAUGCAAUGAGGAAUAUGUUUAUAAGGCAUAUGAUGAUAUUUACAAAAUCUGAAUCGUCAGUUUUAUUUUUACUUCUUUUUAUCAAUUUUUGAAUUGUGAAUUUGGUGUGUUUUUAGUUUAUUUUGUAAUGAGAACUGAAUGUGAACUUGAUUCCCAGAACUACAUAACAUGCUGAACGAUCGCUGAGUGACCUUCAGUAUUAUUAGGAUCUAAAUCUAUAACUUUUGUAAUCUGUUUGGAUAAAACUUGUUAAAAACAGGUUCCGUGUCGCAGUAUUAUGACAAAACAGUUAGUUCAUUCUAGUCAUGUGACUAUAGAAGUUUUCUAUAUUGCAAAAUUAUGUAACAACUUUCUAGUCUUUACAGUGUAUACAGUAAGUUUUGAACUAUUUUUACUAAAAUACACAUUUAUGUGCUAGUUGGUAUACUAGUAACGAACAAAGCAAUACAUUUCUUGAUUUGUGUCUGAGGAUGUUCAUGAGCUUUAGACUACAACUGUAUUAAUUUGUUGCAAUGCAUGCUGCUUUCUAAUUGUCUUUUAUUUUUAGCUAUGUAAAUGAAUGUACCUAAUGUAAAACAACUCUGCAUUUCACUCAUAUUUUAACUGAAAUUUAAAUGAGAGCAUAUUGCAAAGACAUGAUUUUGUUAUAAAGAAGAAGCGCACUAAUUAAUUCUGAUUAUCAUAAAUUAGAGCAACAUUUCAUGUUUCAAGUCUCAGAACUUGGGGCCAUUUGCAAGGAGUUGUUAUGCUUGAGGGCAGCAACCAUUACAUACAGUACAUUUACUGGACAUUUUGCAGCGGUCUCCUUGUUAUACGAAAGAUGGUUUUUUGCUUCCAUGGCUUUGUGUUCACCACAAGGGUUAUUAAUUUACUUGGAUUUAAUCUUUAUUUUUUAAAGGAUUUUUUCUGAUUUGAGACAUAGUAUCAGUGUGCUCAUAGUUAAUGUAUUGUAAAAGUGACAAUUUUAUGUUGACCAGUAUUUUAUCUCACUAAGUUUACCAAAGAGAGGAGGAAUCUGCUACGUUUGACAGGAAGAACUGCAUAUAGUUUAGGUUACAGUACAGGUAAUCCAAAAUUGGAAGUUCUAUCUUCUGCAGUUAUGAGACAGGAAAAAAAUGUUUUAAAAUUAGAUAAAAGACAAACUAGAACUAAAAUUUUGGAUUGCAUUGCUGAAGAAUCAGAUUCUUAAGAAUUUUAUGUAAUUUUGGAGAUAAGGGAAGCAGUAUUCAGAUAAAUGUAAUCAAGAUCAAAAACAGCUUAGUAAAGAGAAUUAUAGUAAGAAAAAUGAUUAAUACAACAUUAACAGGAUAAAAGUAACUCAGAAGUUGGACAGAAAGAGAAGGAGAAAGGAGAAACACAAACACGAACUGUAAAGAUGAGUGUAAAAACAAUAAGCAAGGUAAAAAUGAAUAAGAUUCAAUAUAAACAGAGGAUAUACUGUAUUUCUGGGGAUGGGGGACUGGGUUUAUGGUAGGAUCAGAGAAGCUAAAAAUGAAAUAUCAAACCAGAAAAGAGACAUGAACUGGAUGCAAGACAGAAUGUGAAGGAAAAAGGUAGUAACACAAUUGGACAUUACUAUAGGUUGAAACUGCAAGAGGAAGCAGAAGGAAAAUAAGAUAUAACUUAAUACUACUAAAUCUUGAAGUGCUGACAGUCAAUUCAAAGGGUGGAGGUGAUAGAAUAGAGAUACAAGGAUUUGUGUUGUGAAAUAUGCUUUGCAGGAUGAUACCAGGGUGUUGUUUCUUACUGCAACCAUAGAAACAUAGGGGAGCUCUUUGGAAUCAGUCUUGUAUAGCUGUGUUGAUGGAUAUUACUCCUGUGAGAUGUACUUGUCUCACACUAUUGGGUUGGCUUUACUAUUGUAUUGUACUUGCUCAUUUUAUCUUGUCUUUCUCGUUGAUCCCCCCCCCCCCCUCCCUCCCCCCUUUACCCAUCCCUCACUUCAGGCCAACCUACAUUCCAUCUCUGGGGCCUCUCUUUCCGAACUCAUUCCCGAUUAUUCUGUUUUCAUUCUCUUCUUUUAAUUUUUUUCACCUUUUUAUAUAUACAUUUUUUGCAUAUUUUUGUUCUUAUCAUGAUUCAUGAUUAGUCACUUUAACAUGUUAGUUGUUCUGCACCUUUAUACAUCUCUUCUCUUAUCUCAGUCUGUCUGUGUCAUAAUUGGUAAAAAGUAAUUUUUGUUUUUGAAAAAACUGAAAUUUACUUUCAACCUGUUUAUGCUGUUCUACUACAUACUUUAAUUUUGAUGUGUUUGUUUAUUUUAUUAACCUGUGAUGUAGGUUGAAACAUUUUUUCUGUGUCACUUUUAAAUUAAGCUGUACUUUGUUUUAAGAUACAUUGGUCAUGUAAUGUGGAAUUACAUAAUAACAUUUAAUUUGUUUUAUUUUCCAUCCUCUGUCAUUCCUUAUUUCUGUACCUGUUAAAGGAUAAUUGAGCUGGAAAGCUGUAGAAAGCAUCCACUAUAUUGUGAAUGUACUAAUCAUUUUUAGAAGAAAAUUUGCAAUGCAAGUGAUGACCUGGCUUUUCAUUGUUAUGUAUUUGCUCAUAUUUUGUGUACUGACAUUUUCUGUUCAAGAAAAUAUCUUAAUAACCACCUAUUGUGUGAUGAAAACCAUGCUUUUCUGUAUCUCCUCUGUGUUGCUUAUCAUUCCCCUUUCAGUGACUGUUCUGUCUUGUGCUAGUCAUUUCAUGUUAGCAAUUUAGUUCCCAAACUUUUAUGACACAAAACAUUCCAUUUUGUACCUGGUUUCCUGCUCAUAUGCAACAUAGUGUGAGCUGAUUUUCCUAAGAGACUAAUUUCUUGUAUUUCUGACUAGCAAAUGUGUAUUCUCGUUCAAAGUUUUGAACCAUGCACACACUUUUUAUUUUUAUAGCAGUUGGUCAUUGUGAUUGUGUUUGGUAGUUACAUAUAGUCACAAUGACAGUUUUAAUGUUCCUAUAUGUUAUCCUAUCUAAAAUAAUUACCUCGAUGACUGACACACAUGCUACAUUUAUUGGUUGUGAAAACUGUUGACAGAUUCUGUGCAACAUCCAAAUUGCUUGAGAUGGUAAGAAAGAAAAACUAAUAGUAGUCUGUAUUAAAAUUCUUUCUAUGAGCUCAUCAGAUGUAGCAUGAUAAUUAAGCUGUCCAAAUUCUCAUUAGUUUUGCAUUCUUGUAAAAAUAUAUUUCAUGCAUUGUUCUUAUUUAAAAAUAACAUCACAUUGUAGAUUCCUUGCAAUUUUCUUCCUAAUUUUUUAUAAGUUGGAGCCGUUCAGAUUAUUUAUCUUGCACAUAUCAAUACGGGUUUUCUUUUUUAUGUACUUAACAAAAGCAAUAAUAAUUAAGAAAUAUUUUGUUUGUGUUAUGUUAGUUGCAGAAGUUUCAUUUAAUGUCAUUGUGAGUUUGUGAAUGUUCAACAUUUGUUGAUUUCAUUACUCACAAAUAAAUAAAGUGGAGGCCUAAGACAGCUUUGGCAAAUAUUGGCAGUAGAUGUGUUAUUGUGUCUAUCCUAUUGUUAAGGUAAGACUACAGAAUAAAUUUCUCAUAUCUGUUGCCAUACAGAUAUUGCAGAAUCUUGUGAAGUGUAUUCAAGCACACAUGAGAAUAUAGGUAAAAAUGUAGUAUCAUCAAACAUUUAUGUGUAUUAGGUUAAACCACAUCAAAUAAAAAAGAACCAAGAUUUUCUUCAAUAAAAGUUACUUGCACUGUAUAAUAUAUUUAGACUGUAUGUAUCUCUACAUAUCAAAUUCCCUUCAUUCACAGCAGAUAGUCCGAAGUUUAACCUGUGAUGGGACACAGUGUUUUUAUACUUUCUGUGCACAAGAUCAGAUGCUUUUCUUUUACUCUUCAGCAUUUGCUUUGCUUCUGAUAUAAAGAAACAACAUUUUUAAUAGAGAUGACAGGCUUGGAUUAAUAAUUCAGGGCUAUGUGGCAAUCACCUGCAUUUUUCCAAUGGAUUAUUGUUUCAGACUAGUAGGCUACAUUUAAAUAGCAUUGCCUGGAACACUGAUACAUUAGGAAUGCUGCAAAACAACAGUCAUGAAAGUGUGAAUCAAAGUAGCCACUUCCACUGUCCUAUGACCAGUAGCUUUAUAUAUUUAAGAAAUUUUGUGAUGUUCUAAUAAAGUCUUUACUGAAUCUUCACUGAUAACUUCAUAUUCUGUGCCUCAGCUAUGAAAAUACUGUACUAGUCUAGCAUGGUGAUACAUCUUGACUUAUAUAUGCAUGUGUUUUUUAAAAACGUUUCUUAACCAUGUUAGACAUUGCAGCUAUUUUCAGACCAAAUAAAUGUGAUAUAUAUUAUCUAUUCUCUGUAUAUGUUUGUACUGAUAUUUCAUUCUAUUUUUUGCUCAGGAUUCAGAAUACUUAUCCAAGUCAAAAGAAAUAUUUUUUUGAACAAAAUGCCUUUAUAUUAAUAAUAUCUGUUUCUUAAGUAUGUAAAUAGUCCUCAAAGAAAAUGUUAAAUGUUCUCAAAUGUUUACAUCGUUAUCUGUGUUAACUGUUAGGCUGUAAAGAAUUGACUGUGAAAAUGAAGUUCUAAAAUGUAUCAUUCUCAGUAAAUGUGUUCAGACUUUUGAUUUAUAAAUUCCUUAUUUGUAUAUAGAAACGCAUGUUUGAACACAGUAUUCUGAAAAUAUGCUCAUGAUAAAAUGAAGUGAACUACUAUGAAAUAAAUAUUUGACAGACCAUUUGGAUUUUGAUUUUCAAAUUGAUAAAGCACAAAAUAAGCUGCAGGACUUGUAACCAAUUCUUAGCAGUAAUUGCACAAUCCAGAAUACCAUUUAUUUUUUAUAUGUAGCUACAUUGAGAAAAUGUAGUAUAUAGUAAUUCUAUCAAAGGGAGCUUAAAUAGAGCAAAAUAACAAAUUGUGAGACAGGCCAGGUCUACCCUUGAACUCAAUGCAGGUGGGUUUGAGUGAUCUGCCUUUCUUUUUAACCUUCUCCAACCUUCCACCCCCCCCCUCUCUCUCUCUCUCUCUCUCUCUCUCUCUCUCUCUCUCUCUCUCUCUCUCUCUCUCUCUCUACCCUGAAGAAGGAACUAUUAGUUCUGAUACCUAAGUCUCUUGGCAGUACUACGUAUUGUGCCUCCUCAAGGUAAGCAGAGGCAAGAAAAUCAGUCUCGUGAAGUAUAUAAUAAUUUGUGUUGGCAUGGUAAUAUCUUUUGAAUUAUUCAAGACACAAUCUGGCUCCAGUGAAAGCGUGUCUGAAGUCCAAAAAUUAUGUGAAUGUUCUUUCUCAAUGAUAACUAUAAAUUUUCUGCUGAAUGUUUCUGUCUGUAAGAUACAGAAACUGCUCUUCCACUUCCCUGACAUAAACUAAAAAGGCUAUUGAAUGAAUUUGUGGACCAAUAAAGAGAUGUACAUAAACACUCCAUUCCUCCAAAAGCUAUAAUCGGAAGUGUUAAAUUAGUGAUGUGCUUCCAGGUGUGCAACCUAAUUGUUUCCAUGUUAUGCACAAUAUUUCAGUGAUUGACUCACUAGUCUUCUUCAGGUGUUGCAAGUUGUGCUACUAUGCGUACUUGCAGCCUAGGCAACAAAUCAGACUGCACAAAAAAUGAAAACACAACUCUGCUGAAUAUCUGGAAAGUAAUCCUUCAUCACACUGAGAAGUCUCAAAUGACUAUUUUCUCAGGUAGUGCUUUCCAAUUAUUCUUGUUUGUUUAUUGUCAUCCAUUCCUCUGAGCAAUACCAAGAAACACUGCUAAUAAUAUUCAGUGUCAACUGAAUUGCAAAUUAUUCACAUUGUUUUUCUUGGUUUAAUGAUUUCUUUUAUUUCGAAAUUUGCAUUUUUCUGCAAGCUUUUUUUACUUGAAGUUGACUCAUUUAUUACAAUUUCUUCAGUCUAUUCUUGUAGCUCUUUACAGAGUUCUUGCUUUCAAUCCUCAGCUAUAAUUUUUUUUUCAUGCAGUUGUUAGUGAAUACUCUAAAGAGGCUGAGGUGUUACAGAGGUUUAAUUUCUCCUGCGCAUUUCUUUUCCUUUGUGCUUAAUUUUCUGUUUAUGCAUCCCUCUUUCCCCUGUGGCAGUACUGAGUUAUUAAUUAAUUAUCAUAUGGAUUCAUAUCCAUGCAAGGAUAAUUGCAACAGACUGAAGGGUUUCUAAUUCUUUUGGGCUUUGAGACCUCUCAAAGUGAUCUACAAACUAUUUUUUUUAAUUUACACUCUCGAUUAUUUGUCGAAACACAUGUUCAUGUCAGAAAGGUGCAAACUGUUGUGCAUAUUAUUGUUAAAUAUCCCUCUCGUUCAGCUGUCUCUACAUCUUUUUGGUUGUAGUUUUUGUUACAGUAAUGGAAUGAGUGUAGGUAUUGGGCUUCCUCUGUAUUAUAUCUUUAUUCAUUCCAUUGUUUCCAGCUUUCCCUUUCUUUCACAUCUUCCUUUUUCGCUAUGCAGUCUUCAUUUUAAAACCUGCUAUUUUGACUGUGAGUUUGUGAGAAGAGUCUGAUUAUUAAUAUUACUGAGAAUGAAACAUCAAUGGCAUCUUGUCCUAAUAUUAUGGGUACCUUUACAGUGAAAUAUUAUAUUAAACUGCAUCUCAGAGAAGUAUUUUUGUUGCUUUUGUUAAAUUUUACUAAUAUUUGUACUCAGUAUACUUUCUUGAUACGCUUGUAGACUGUGUGUGUCUGACAAGCCCAGGAACAUGUGUCUUAAAUUGAUCAAUCCAUUAAAUGUGAAAUUGUUAAAUAAAGAAGAAUUUGUGUUUAAAUAAAAUAAUGAACUUGUCAACUGUUCUGUGUUUAUUU